AUGCUCAGUCAGUUGCCGCUUGAGCUGGUUGAUGCCAUUGCCGACUUGCUGCCACAACUUAGCGUUCGCUCAUUGAGUCUUGUUUCAACCACGCUAUACGCCGCCCUGUUCCCUCGGCUCCAUCGUGCGAUCACCUUCCGUGCCAGCAAUGAGUGGGCCUUGAACAUCCUGGAUGUCGGUCUCUUUUUGGGCGACAGUCCCGACUACCGCGCUGCGGAGAUCCUGCACUAUACCAGGCAGCUAACGGUGAAAGCUCCAAUCCGCAUCGCUCGGUUCCACCGCUGUGUGUACAAUAGCAACUUCUUUCCACCGGCCACGUCGCCAAGAGGACUCACAUUAGGCAGCCCGCACGAACCGACCGCUCACAGCGGGUUUCUAGAGAGCCUGUCGUCUCAGAUACACCAAGUCUUUCCCCGAUUAGAACCUGGAAUCCUCCAUUCAUUUCAAUGGCAUAUCGGGACCUGCAUCCCCGCCAACAUCUUGGAUGCUCAAGGAUAUUUCGUGCACCACCAGAAACAGAUCCGUCGUCUCUCUUUGAUCACUGACGGCUCCUGUCCCCACGCGGGCCAACAUCUAGAGGGCCUGCCAUGUUUCACGGCGCUCAGCGAAUUGGAGUGGGAAGGCAUCCAACAUCCGUCCGAGAUUAGCGCCUUGCGAGGUUGCCUCCAACAGAACUCUCGACACUUAAAGGCGCUCUCUAUCGGAUUCCUGUCGGCGGAGAAUCCACCGAGCCGUUGUGGCUAUGCGGAUAUCGUGGAUCUCUUUUCGCCAUCCUUAGGUGAUGGCCGUACUCGACCUGAUCGGGACGGCUACCCCAUACUCACUUCGUUGACCCUUUCACGCGUUUCGUUCCCCAGUGCGCUGCUUCCCGGUGUCCGACGAUCGCCGUUCCGCGCUCUGCAGGCACUGACCCUGCGGGACUGCCCCAACGAACUGCACUUUUUGCAGCUCUUGGCACGAUCCAGCAGGCCCGUCUCCCUCCGGUACUUCGAGAUUAGCAGCGAUUAUCUCCGCGAGUCAGGGGAGCGGCUGGCGUUCAUCGCCGUCGUCGAGUUUCUCCUUUCCUUCCGAGGCUUGCAAUACCUGUACUUGAAGAUCUCUAACUUUCCUCAGUUCCUUCCAGGUCUUGAUGAUGCCAUUCAUCAUCACCAAUCCACACUCCGUGGUCUGAUCUUCCAUGAACGUCGGUUGAUGGCGGUCGACAGGGAACGGAUUUUUGAAGAGCUUCGGGACGAUGUGACCGUGACGUUGCCCAGUAUUCCGCGCAUUCUACGGCAGAUCUGUUCUCCGAUCGCCCUGGGCCUCUGCCUUCGCCCAGCUAGCGCAAGGAAUCUUCUCGUCAGCCUACCAAUACGUUCGUCCAUUCGGAUCCUUCACCUGCGAUUCAGUGGAGAGGAAAGAAUCCACCACGGCCUCCGGCGGGAGAUCGUUUCGCUGCUGCAGAAAAGUAUGGACCGAUGGCCCUGGUCGCUUCCCCAGACAUUCAAGAAGUCGAAGGCCGCUGGACUCGACUUCUGGCCAACGCGAAAGGCGUCGGAACUUCAGGAAUUUGUCAGGCUGGUCCAGUGGGCUUUCGGGCCCGCCGGCCUCCCGGCAUUGCAAAUACUCGCCUUUGGCGACUUCUCCCAUGGCGACCGCUACCGAGAACAACAAGUACUGCUUCGGAGGAAAAGGCCUGAUAGAUCGUCAGACGGGACAAGCCACAGGGAAUGCUACACGGCUAAUCGGGCAUUUUGCCUGGCCGACAUUGAUAAAAAUUCUUUUUGGGAUGACCUUCCGUUGGAUGGGUUGGAUGGGCCCCGGUUUCUGUCUGCAUGCCCCAGUACCGGAUUGAUGGAAUCCCCGUAA